CAAUCAGACGCCAAGCGAGUUUCUGAGGUUCUGUCGGGUAGUGACACAGGAUGGCGUCGGAGAAGAGCAAGAUCCUGGUGGUCGGUGCCACCGGGUACCUGGGCAGGCACGUCGUGGCGGCGAGCGCGCGGCUGGGCCACCCGACCUUCGCGCUCGUCAGGGACACGGCGCCGUCCAAUCCGGCCAAGGCGGCGCUGCUCAAGAGCUUCCAGGACGCCGGCGUGACGCUCCUCAAGGGCGACCUCUACGACCACGCCAGCCUGGUGAGCGCCGUCAAGUCCGCCGACGUGGUCAUCUCCACCGUCGGGUCGCAGCAGAUCGCCGACCAGACCAGGCUCAUCGACGCCAUCAAGGAGGCCGGCAACGUCAAGAGGUUCUUCCCAUCGGAGUUCGGCCUGGACGUGGACCGGACGGGCGUCGUGGAACCGGCCAAGACCAUCCUGUCCGGCAAGGCGGCGAUCCGCCGCGCCACCGAGGCCGCGGGGAUCCCCUACACCUACGCCGUGGCCGGGUACUUCGCGGGGUACGCGCUCCCGACCAUCGGGCAGCUCCUCUCUCCGGCGGCGCCUACGGACAAGGCGAUCGUCCUCGGCGACGGCAACGCCAAGGCCGUGUUCGUGGAGGAAGGCGACAUCGGGACGUACACGGUGCUGGCCGCCGGCGACCCGCGCGCCGAGAACCGGACGCUGUACGUCAGGCCGCCGGCCAACACGCUGUCGCACAACGAGCUCAUGUCGCUGUGGGAGAAGAAGACCGGCAAGGCGUUCGAGCGGGUGUACAUCCCCGAGGAAGCCGUGCUCAAGCAGAUCCAAGAGUCGGCGAUGCCGCUGAACAUCAUCCUGGCGAUCGGGCACGCGUCGUACGUGAUGGGGGAGCAGGCCGGCUUCGAGAUCGACCCGGCGAAGGGGGUGGACGCGAGCGAGCUGUACCCGGACGUCAAGUACACCACCGUCGACGAGUACCUCGACAGGUUCCUCUGAAGAACGAGACGCGAGUGAUGUGUGGACGUGUCUCUCUGGCUGCCUGUUUCUCAGGACAGCAGCCGGAGGACGAGCUGUUUACGUUGCUAACGAUGCCUGAUGCUAUGCUGCCUAGCGAUUGCUUUGUUUUGUGAUUUCUUGUAGACUGCUUAAUCGAUGAGAAGAUUUUCUGUAUACCAUUGAAAAUUGAAA